AUGGCGCCCGCCCGGCGCGCGUGGGGCUGGGGGCGCCGGGGCGCCGAGCGCGCGCCGCUGGCCAAGCCGGCGGUCGCCGAGUACACGCUCUCGGAGUUGCUGGAAAGGACAAGUUCUGGGGCCUUCGCCGGCCGCCCCCGCCCCCCGGCGCGGCACUUUCAGUUUUGCCUCCCCCUUCGGCCCCGGCCUCGGAGGGCAUCCCGGGGGCCGGGUCCUCACCCGCCGCCCGCGCCCCCACCCCGAACGCAGGACACUCUCCGGCCGCCCCGAGCCCUAGGCCUGGCCAAGCCUGGCUUUGUCUGCGCCUUAACCGGUCUCGGUGCCCCGACCGCCAGUGUAAGGACAGUCAGUGAUCCCUGGAGACGCCCGUGCCCAAGGACAUGCCGCCAAGAUCCGUGGAGAUGCCACCCUUCGGCUAGCGUGCAUGUUGGGGACCAUUUCUCACCCGGGCUUGUUGGGGAGCUCCGGCCGAUGCCUUUCCCGAACCUUCUUCUAACUCCUUUAAAACAACGCCACAGCGAGCCUCUGCGGGAGCGCCUGCCCGCCGCGCCCGCCUGCCUGGCCCUGCCCGGCCCUCCGGGGUUGCUGGGCGCGGGUUGGGGCGCCUGCCGGCCCGCCUUGUCCUUCCGCAGCCUCUGCGCUCCGCCUUAGCUUCGCGGGUCAGCGGAGGACGGAGGGCGCUCCAGGAGUUGCACGAGGCUGUCCCCCCGGCCUCCGCUGCGCUGGGCGCCAGCGGGCAGCUCCGAGCAGGAGGUGCAGGGUGGCUGGAGUGUGGGGCCCGGCCUCUGUGAGCGACACCAUGGACCCCUGCCCCGGGCCAUCUGGACGCCUAGCGAGAGCGCGUUUGAAGUGGUUCGGGGGCUCUUUGUUCGCCAGGCCGCUCUGGCUCUGGGCCUGGAGGUGUUUACGGCUUGGAUGCCUUUGAACCUAUUCCCAGGUGACCCGGGCUCAAUUAGGCCUGGGCCUGAACCGCGCUGUCAGGCAAGCUGCGUGAUCAAGGGCGCUGGCCCUUUUAUUGAAGUUGAACCCGAGGCCGGGGAGUGCUCAGCCUCCGCCGCUCCUCCGGCAGGCCAGGCGGGCCGCGAGGUGGGGCCCGCGGGCCACGACCACCGCGUUGGGAAACCCGAGGACGACAGAGAGCGGGUUCUUAGCGCCCCUGUCUAAGGUCCCUGGCUCUGGCCGUUCUAG